AUGAAAUCAACAAAAAACGAUUCAGAUAUUCUAGAUGAAAAAUACUAUGAUUUUAAAGAUUUAAAUUAUACUCGAAGUUGGAUAAUUGCUGGUAUUAUAAUUCUUGCAGCAGCUAUUGCAUUGGCUGCUGCUUCUAUUGCUUUGCCAACAUUUGUUAUGAUCAGUCCAUCUGUGUUUGAUUCAACCAAUGCUAAUAUUAACAAAGCGAGAACUUUGGGUUAUACACAAGUCUGUUUUACAUCAGUUAAUUUCAUUAAAUUUCAUUAUAAACAAUUUCUAAUAUUAUUUCAUUGUAACUUUGAUCAUUGUCAUUUUGUUUUAAAUAUAUCUAUAUCUGUAUCUAUAGAUAACACAUGCCAGAAUCGUGAAUUAAGUUACGUAGAUGAAUAUUCAGGUUUAAUGACAAAUCUACGUCUUGCUGAAUUGGCUAUGCAUGCAAUCGCUAUCAUUAUCAUGGGUAUUUGUUUCAUAGCUGCACUUGCAUUGAUUAUUGUUUGGUGUAGACAAUAUGAAGAUAAUAAAUGUUAUAGAAAUUGGCGAUUAAUCAUUGGUAUAUUCCUUAUGAUAGCUGGUUUUUGUCUUCAAAGUUCAAUUAUUAUGUUUCAUGUUGAACAAUUUGAAGAUAAAUACGGUAUAUCAUCUGGAUAUCCAUAUGGAUUUAACCAAUGGUCUGAAAAUCAACGUACAACAACAUCGAUCAAUUAUGGUUCUGGUUACAUUUUAUUAUGGCUUGCUACCAUUUUGUGUUUCAUAUCAGCUUGGAUAUUUGUAGGCACAUAUUGUUGUUGGACAAUGGAUGAUAUUGACAGUAAUGAUUAUAACUCAACUUUACCAAGAUAUUCAACGGACUCGGACAAAAAUAGACGUGGCACAGAAGGAUCCAUUGUUUAUCGAGAAGGCUGAUCAAACUACCUAGACCAGCAGGAAAAUGAUACACGUUGAAAGUAUUGAGGAAUUUAUUGAAAAAAAACAAAAAACAAGCAAACAUGAUAUUCUG